AUGGGCUUCGUCUCCCUGCUGGGCCACUUCCUGGUGGGCGUGGGCCCGCCGCUGGUCUUCUUCGUCCUCUUCAUCUCCCGCCGCUCCUUCGUCGUCCUGGUCACCCUGGCCUCCGCCUUCUACUACCUCGUCGUCUUCCUGCUCACCGCGUCGCUGCUGCGCGGCCUGGUGCCCCUGGACCCCUCCCCGGGGCCUCACGCCGGCGCCCUGGCGGCCGCCGUGGCCAUCGAGACCGCCGCGCGCUACCUGCUCUGGGUCCUGCACCGCAUGACCACCAACACGCUGGCGGACACGGCGCGGCGAACGGGCAAGUCGUGGAGCCCAUCGGACGCGUUGCACGUCAGCGUGGGAUUCGGCUUCGGCCAGGGAGCCGCGCACGCGGUGUUCUUCUUCUUGGCUGCGCUGCCCCUGCUGGCGGGCGAGGCCACCUACUACGUGGACCGCUGCCCCCAGAUGUCCUAUUUUCUGACGCUGGCGCUGCUGGAAUUGGGCUUCUCGGCCUUGCACACGGCCGGGACGGUGGUCUUCUUCAGCGGGCUGAGCGCGGGGGAGGGGGGCCUGAGGGUGUGGGGCCCGCCGCUGCUGCACCUGGCCGCCGCGAUGUGCACGCUGGCGAGCUUCAGGGAGGGCGGGUGCGCGGGGUCGGUGCCCGCGGUGGGGGCGCUGGCCGCGGGGACGUGCGCGUGGGCUGUGAGGGUGGCCGUCGCUGAGGCGUCAAGGAGGCCGGGGCUGAUUCGGACCGAGCGGUGA